AUGACAUCCACAUCACGCAGUCUCCAGCACACAUGGGACCCAACAUGGGCGACAGCCCCGCCCGCCUCGUGCUCGACGCUGCGCAAUCUCCACGGCCAAGUCGCGUGGGGCGAAACCUGUGUCUUUGCACCUGAAGACGAGGCGUCCGUCACCCCCUUCAGCAUAAACACGGCGUGCAUGCCAUGGAUCACGUCGCAGUCUUACCCCUCUCCCUCUGUCUUCUACUCCCCCGCCACCGCUUGCCCAGACGCCUGGACAGCCGUGGCCACGCAAGGCGCUGGCAACCAGUGGCUCGAGGGCGAAAUCGGCCUGCAGUGUUGUCCACCGGGGUUCCAGGCUGACGGCGCAAUGGCAUGUAGGCCUGGUAGCACCGGUAAAUGGCCCGUCGUACAGUGCGGCGAGGCCGACGAGGAGGAGAACGAAAUCACGACGUACGAUGCGACACGGUGGCCUGCGAACGCGAAGGUCUCUGUACCCGCGCUCAUGCUAAGGUACCGCGCGAGUGAAGCAGGAAGCAGUGCCAACGGGGGCUUGUCUACGGGUGCCAUAGCAGCGAUUGCCACCGUGAUCCCACUUGUCGUUAUCCUCGGCGCCAUAUCCGCAUUCCUGCUCUGGCGCCGCAACAAAAACCGCAAUGCUGCGCAUCUAGCAGCCCUCAAUCCGGGCAGCGAGAAAGCAGGACGACCCUCUGACUCCAUGGAUACCAGUCCAGCAGACACACUUGUUAUCCCCAAGGGCACGGCCGCAGCACACGUUUCAGCGGCGCCAUCGCCGCAGUCCAAUCUCCAUGAAACCCCGGAGUGGAAUGUCGAAAUGGAUGCGACAGAGACUGAGCGCCGGGCUCGAAUCGCUUCUCCAGAACCCCAGGUACCUGUGGCUGCUGCCGACACGGCGAGGAACGCGCCAGAGGUGGUCAGCGUGCCGAGAGUGCCUAGGAAACCUAUUGCGCGCGUGGAACUCGACGGCACGCCUAUACUACCGGAGAUUGGCGAUGCGUAUAUCCCGUAUCGGCCUGGUGCGGAGGCGAGGUGA